UUUGGCUGGUCCGUUAAAACCUGUUAGCGUGAAAGAGCCAGUGAAGGAGAGGUGAGAGGCGAAGUUAAUGACGCUUUCCCCUUCAUUUAAGGAGGCGAACACAUCGAGGAGGCAACGUGCUGCCAGAGGAAGCGCUACGCUGUUGUUAUAUUUCUGAACGAGAAUCUGCUGCAACACGGGGAAGUGAUCGCGCCCGCUUAGCGCUCAACAGGAAAGCAAUCAUUUUACAAAUUAUUUUCUUAUUUGAGGUGGAGUGAGAGGAGGCGACCUUCCCUUUAUCAACUCAAAACGGACCUGCUCCAAUUCCGCUCUUCCUCGCCGUCCGACCGGGAUGAUUUAAUGUGCACCGUGAGACGUGCGCGACCAGCACGGUGUGGCGUUUUUUAACGGCGGCAGACCGGGGAGCUGAAACUUCCCCAGCGCCAGGGAGACCACACCGCUCCGCGCGGUCCGGAAAUGACAGGAGGAAGAAGAUACCUUUCAUGUACGCAAUACUUUUCCCUAGAAGGGCGACUGUAUCGAAAUCUCAGUUUAUACAAGCUUUAUUUUCCUAUUCAUGCCGGCCUGCACGUACGUUGUUAAUUUAUACUAUAAGCAUAUAAUAAUAUUUUGAAUGUAGAUUUUCUCGGUAAAUCUCAGCCUUCGUAUUGUGCUGCACGCGCGGCGCUUGGUUCCGCGGUGAACAUAUCCGGGCGCGUGGAAUAUUCUACUUCAUUUGGUUUAUCCGGAGGCUAUUUCUCGUACAGCAUAUAUGUAUCGACAGUUUUAUGUUUGGAUUUUUCCGCUUCGGUGGACAGCCGCUUGGUCCUGACAUGGCACUGAAAGCAACAAGCGACGGUGCGCUCUGUGAUACCAAGCAGCGACGUGCGCGGUUUGGGUAGGCUACCUAAACACAAUGCCUACCAGACGUACUUUUGAUUUCUUCUCGUUUUAAUGACUUUUGUCUCUCAAAGGAAUGGCCUCGGCGUUCCUGUGACUUCAUUCCCAGUCGCUUCACAUUUAUGCGCCGCGUGCCUCUCUCCUUGCGCGUGUCCACGGCGGUGUUUGCGGGAUCAUGACGGGUCUCGGCAUGGGGCUGAGCCCAUGCUCUCUGUGGGGCGCGCUCUGGGUGGCCAGCCUGGUGCGCGAGCUGGCCGUGGCGCAGGAGAUAUAUGCGCCCCACUCCAUCAGAGUUGAGGGAGAUUUGACUUUGGGCGGGCUUUUCCCCGUGCACGCCCGUGGUCCCCCUGGAGUCCCGUGCGGAGAUAUCCAGAAGGAGGUCGGGAUCCACCGGCUGGAGGCGAUGAUGUACGCGCUGGACCAGAUCAACAGCGACGAGGAGCUCCUGCCCAACAUCACAUUAGGCGCGCGGGUGCUGGAUACCUGCUCCAGGGACACCUAUGCGCUGGAACAGUCUCUCACCUUCGUCCAGGCGCUCAUCCAGAAAGACACUUCGGACGUGCGGUGCACGAACGGAGAACCGCCCGUGUUUGUCAAGCCGGAAAAAGUGGUUGGGGUGAUCGGAGCUUCGGCCAGUUCAGUGUCCAUCAUGGUAGCGAACAUUUUGCGACUAUUCCAAAUUCCCCAGGUCAGCUAUGGCUCGACGGCCCCUGAGCUGAGUGAUGAGCGGAGGUAUGACUUCUUCUCGCGGGUGGUGGCUCCGGACUCGUCGCAGGCCCAGGCCCUGCUGGCCGUGGUGCGGGCGCUGCGCUGGGGCUACGUCUCCACGCUGGCCUCCGAGGGCAGCUACGGGGAGAAGGGUGUGGAGGCCUUUACACAUGCCUGCCGCGAGGCCGGGGGAAUCUGCAUCGCUCAGUCCCUGAAGAUCCCCAGCGAUCGUCAGGAUGAGGACUUUGACAAGAUCAUCCGGCAGCUACUAGAAACACCCAACGCCCGCGCUGUCGUCAUCUUCGCCAGCGAUGAGGACAUCAGGGGGGUGCUGAACGCCAGCAGAAGGGCGGGCCGGGUGGGCCAUUUCCUGUGGAUGGGGUCGGACAGCUGGGGGGCCAAACUCUCCGCCGUGCAGCAGCUGGAGGAAGCCGCGCUGGGGGCCAUCACCAUCCUGCCCAAGAGGGCCACCAUCGAAGGGUUUGAUACAUACUUCACCACUCGUACGCUGGAGAAUAACCGCAGGAACGUUUGGUUUGCUGAGUACUGGGAGGAGAACUUCGACUGCAAGCUCAUGAGCUCCUCCAAGAAAGAGGACACCAGUCGCAAAUGCACAGGUCAGGAGCGUAUUGGUAUAGACUCGCGGUACGAGCAGGAGCAGAAGGUGCAGUUUGUGAUCGAUGCGGUGUACGCGGUGGCCCACGCGCUGCACAGCAUGCACAGGGAGCUGUGCCCUGAGCACUCCUCCGUCUGCCCUGCCAUGGAGCAGGCCGGGGGCAAGAGGCUGCUCUCCUACCUGCGCGCCGUCAGCUUCAACGGGAGCGCCGGGACGUCUGUGAUGUUCGACAGGAACGGCGACGCCCCCGGCCGCUACGACCUGUUCCAGUUCCAGAUCAGCAACAGCUCCUCAGGCUACAAGCUGAUUGGCCAGUGGGUGGACAUGCUGCACCUCAACGUGGAGGAGCUGCAGUGGCCGGAGGGCGAGCCCCCGGGCUCCGUGUGCAGCCUGCCCUGCCCGCCCGGGUUCCGUAAGAAGCGGGUGAAGGGCGCGGCCUGCUGCUGGCACUGCGAGGCGUGUGACGGGUACCAGUACCAGCACGACGAGACGUCCUGCCGGCUGUGCGCCUUCGACAUGCGGCCCUCGCCCAACCGCACGGGCUGCCAGCCCAUCCCCGUGCUGCAGCUGGAGUGGGGCUCGGCCUGGGCCGUGCUGCCGGUGCUGCUCGCCCUGCUGGGCAUCCUGGCCACCAUCGCCGUCACGGGCGCCUUCGUGCGGCACAACGACACGCCCAUCGUGCGCGCCUCGGGGCGGGAGCUCAGCUACCUGCUGCUGGCGGGCAUCUUCCUCUCCUACAUCAUCACCUUCCUGAUGAUCGCGGCGCCCAGCGUGGGCGUGUGCGCCUUCCGCCGCGUGUUCCUGGGCCUGGGCAUGUGCAUCAGCUACGCCGCGCUGCUCACCAAGACCAACCGCAUCUACCGCAUCUUCGAGCAGGGCAAGCGCGCGGUCACCGCGCCCCGCUUCAUCAGCCCCGCCUCCCAGCUGGCCAUCGCCUCCAGCCUCAUCUGCCUGCAGCUGGCGGGGGUGCUGGUGUGGCUGGGGGUGGACCCGCCCGGCGCCGUGGUGGACUACGACGAGCAGAAGACGCUGGACCCGCUGCUGGCCCGCGGCGUGCUCAAGUGUGACAUCACCGACCUGCAGAUCAUCUGCUCGCUGGGCUACAGCAUCCUGCUGAUGGUCACGUGCACCGUGUACGCCAUCAAGACGCGCGGCGUGCCCGAGAGCUUCAACGAGGCCAAGCCCAUCGGCUUCACCAUGUACACCACCUGCAUCGUCUGGCUGGCCUUCAUCCCCAUCUUCUUCGGCACCGCGCAGUCCGCAGAGAAGCUCUACAUCCAGACCAGCACGCUGACGGUGUCGAUGAGCCUGAGUGCGUGGGUGGCCCUGGGCCUGCUCUUCAUGCCCAAGGUGUACGUGAUGGUGUUCCGGCCGGAGCUCAACGUGCAGCGCAGGAAGCGCAGCUUCAAGGCCGUCGCCACGGCAGCCACCAUGUCCUCCCGCCUGUCGCACAAGACCGCCGCCCGGCCCAACGGGGAGGCCAAGACCCAGCUCUGCCCCAACCCCCCCAACCCCCCCAACACCGAGCCCGCCGGGGACGCCAAGCCCCAG